GCACUUUACGGCUGUUUCACGGCGGUGUCGCGGCGGCCGGACCGGUGUCAGGCCGCCAUGGACGCGCGCUUCACGCGGGGGAAGUCUCCGGUGCUGGAGCGGGCGCUGGGCCGGCCGCGCUCGGAGCUGUCGCUCGCCGCCUUCGCGCUGCUCUUCUCGGAGCUGGUGCAGUACUGCCAGCGCCGCGUGGCCUCGGUGGCCGAGCUGCAGGCGCGGCUCGCCCGCCUGGGCCAGCACGUGGGGCUGCGGGCGCUGGACGCGCUGGUGGCCCGGGAGCGGCCGGGCCGGCGGGAGACCAAGGUGCUGGGCGUGCUGCUGUUCGUCAAGGGCCCGCUCUGGCGGGCGCUCUUCGGCCGCGAGGCCGACAAGCUGGAGCAGGCCAACGACGACGACCGCACGUUCUACGUGAUCGAGCGGGAGCCGGUGGUGAACACGUUCGUGUCGGUGCCGCGGGAGAACAGCUCCCUCAACUGCGCCGCCUUCGCCGCGGGGCUGCUGGAGGCCGUGCUGGGCGCCGCCGGCUUCCCCGCCCGCGUCAGCGCGCACUGGCACAAGGGCACCACGCUCAUGAUCAAGUUCGACGAGGCCGUCAUCGCCCGCGACAAGAGCCUGGAGGGGCGCUGAGCCGCGGGGACAGCGCGGGAGUCACCUUGUCACACGGGGACAGCGCCGGGAGCGGGGACAGCGCCGGGAGGGAGGGGACAGCGAGGGGACAGCCUGGGGACAGCCUGGCCGUGUCACACGGGGCUGUGCGGGACAGGGCUGCGGGAGGGGACGGUCUGGGGAGGGACAGGAGCCUGGAGGGGCCUGAGCGACGGUGACAUCCGCCAUCGAACCGGGACAGACGUCACCACCCGCCACAGGAGCUUCCUGGUGGCCUCGGCCACCUCGGGGGACGUCGGGGCUGCUCUUGUCCCCGAGGUGGCCCUUGGGGACACUCAUGUUACAAUAAACUGUCUCUUGUCACUCCA